CCGGAGCGUAUCUGGUAUGUGUGUCUGGAAUGAUUUGGGGAAAAUUCACCGAAGUUGGAACUUGAGACCAAACUGCCCAGGAUAGAAAGAUAGGGAACUGUCGGUGCACACCCCCCACCCCCACCCCCACCCCGCAAAGGGACCCGGUGCUGGGGUGGGAGUCUGCUUACACCGCACGCCGCCACUGCUCAGGCCCGCCCUCGAACGGCCGUGAACUUGUUGUUUUUCCACGUCAUUUGCUCUCAAAUGUACGAUCGGGCGGGCGAUGCGAACCCUGCGGCGGCAGGUCCCUCCUUGUAACAAGCGAUUGUGUGUUCUGCAGAGGUGGCCCCGGGAGGAGGGGGCCGGCGGGGAGGUGGGGGAGAGGGAAACACGCCGCUCCUGCCCAGUGAGCGUGCGUGUCCCGGAGCCAGCUCCCCCAGAACACAUGCCAUUUCUGGCCCCUGAAGGGGUUAAAGGCCUCCUGGAGUCAAAAUCAAGCAGGUGUCCCACCGUGCCAGAUACGCCGCCUAAACUGCUUCCAGCUUUCUCUCCUUCUGCAAAAGUCUGUGGUCAGCCGGGACAGAGGAGCCGCAGCCGGCCUGUGACAGGCAUCAGGUUAGCUCGCUCCCACGCGGGGGGCGCCCAGGGUAUAAAUCCCGGCCGGGCCCCUGCUGGGGCUCCCCUCCCCGCUCUCUCAGGAGAGGGGGCUUCCUUGCAAAGACCUUUCUUUCCUCUGAAGCCGCACAACUCAGCGGGCUCCACUGCCUCGCUGGAGGCGGCCUGGGCAGCCGCAGCCUGACCAGCAGCAAGGACGCCUGCUGGGGGUGGGGGUGAGGGCAGGUGUCUGCAGCCCCGAGAGGGAGAAGGCGCCGUGGGUCCAGCCCCUGGCAGCGUCACAGGGAGGCCUCUGGCCGCCGCAGACCGCACCAUGUGGGCCCUGGGAGGCCACCGGUUCUGCUCCCGCUGGGGGCGCGUGGCGGUGCUGCUGCUCCUGCUCAGGGUGCCCCCGAGAGGCCUGGCACUGCCGCCCAUCCGCUAUUCCCACGCUGGCAUCUGCCCCAACGACAUGAACCCCAACCUCUGGGUGGAUGCCCAGAGCACCUGCAAGCGGGAGUGUGAGACGGACCAGGAAUGUGAGACCUACGAGAAGUGCUGCCCCAACGUGUGUGGGACCAAGAGCUGCGUGGCCGCCCGCUACAUGGACGUGAAGGGGAAGAAGGGCCCGGUGGGCAUGCCCCAGGAGGCCACGUGCGACCACUUCAUGUGCCUGCAGCAGGGCUCCGAGUGCGACAUCUGGGACGGCCAGCCCGUGUGCAAGUGCCGGGACCGCUGCGAAAAGGAGCCCAGCUUCACCUGCGCCUCGGACGGCCUCACCUACUACAACCGCUGCUACAUGGACGCGGAGGCCUGCUCCAAGGGCAUCACGCUGGCCGUGGUCACCUGCCGCUAUCACUUCACCUGGCCCAACACCAGCCCCCCGCUGCCCGAGACCACGGUGCCGCCCACCACCGCCCCCCCGGAGACCCCCGGGCGGGACACGGCGGCCCCCGCGCUGCUCACCCACCCCGCGCACCAGUCGGUGACCGUGGGCGAGACCGUGAGCUUCCUCUGCGAGGUGGUGGGCCGGCCCCGGCCGGACGUCACCUGGGAGAAGCAGCUGGAGGACCGGGAGAACGUGGUCAUGCGGCCCAACCACGUGCGCGGCAACGUGGUGGUCACCAACAUUGGCCAGCUGGUCAUCUACAACGCCCAGCUGCAGGACGCGGGCAUCUACACCUGCACGGCCCGCAACGCCGCCGGCGUCCUGCGGGCCGACUUCCCGCUGUCGGUGGUCCGGGGGGGCCAGGCGGCGGCCACGGCCGAGGACAGCGGCCCCAACGGCACGGCCUUCCCGGCGGCCGAGUGCCUGCAGCCCCCCGACAGCGAGGACUGCGGCGAGGAGCAGACCGGCUGGCACUUUGACGCCCAGGCCAACAACUGCCUCACCUUCACCUUCGGCCACUGCCACCGCAACCGCAACCACUUCGAGACCUACGCGGCCUGCGCGCGGGCCUGCAUGACGGGGCCGCCGGCCGCCUGCAGCCUGCCCGCCCUGCAGGGCCCCUGCAAGGCCUACGCCCCGCGCUGGGCCUACAACCGCCAGGCGGGCCAGUGCCAGUCCUUCGUCUACGGCGGCUGCGAGGGCAACGGCAACAACUUCGAGAGCCGCGAGGCCUGCGAGGAGUCCUGCCCCGUCCCGUGGGGCGGCCAGCGCUGCCAGGCCUGCAAGCCCCGGCAGAAGCUCGUGACCAGCUUCUGCCGGAGCGACUUCGUCAUCUUGGGCCGCGUGUCCGAGCUGACCGAGGAGCCCGACGCGGGCCGCGCCCUGGUGACCGUGGACGAGGUCCUGAAGGACGAGAAGAUGGGCCUCAAGUUCCUGGGCCGGGAGCCGCUGGAGGUGACGCUGCUCCAGGUGGACUGGACCUGCCCCUGCCCCAACGUGACGGUGGGCGAGACGCCGCUCAUCAUCAUGGGGGAGGUGGAGGGCGGCAUGGCCAUGCUGAGGCCCGACAGCUUUGUGGGAGCGUCCAGCGGCCGGCGGGUUCGGAAGCUGCGCGAGGUCCUGCACAGGAAGACCUGCGAGGUCCUCAAGGAGUUCCCGGGCUCACACUGAGCCCCUCCCCCGUCCCCGGCCCUCCCCCCACCCCCCACCUGGACGCCCCUCAGUUAGCAAACUGGGCAAGGUCAGAUUGGACAGUCUCAGGCCAGCAGAGGGACAUCGGUCAGAACAGAGCCACCAGAGGGUCUUAAAUCAACUUCUGGUCUGCGGGUUCAGUAAGGGGUUCCUAUCUUUGUUAGCUUAGGGGACAGCGGAGAAGGCAGUAGACGCUUGUAAACUAUUCCUGACGACCGAUCGCCUUGGGCAUCAUGACCCUCUCUGUGCUGGCCGUCCCCCUCCUCCAAGGGUCUCACAGCCGCCCUCCCCCCCAGCCCCCCACCCACCGGGGCUCUAGAGAUGGGGGCUGCCUGGCGGUCACGGGAAUCAUGGAAUGAGCUGGUUUACAGAAGGGGUGGGUGAGGAGAGGAAGGAGGGCCCAGGGACUCCUGGACACAUUCCCCACAGCCCCCCCGCCCCCGCCCCCCACUCCCGACCACCAUGAGCAGAGACCACCGCAUGUCCGGGGUCUUGGGAAGUGGGAGGCAGGGCCUGGUCCAGCCCAGCACACACCUUCCCGGGGCGGAGGCUGCUUGGCAGGCACCCUUGGGUGCUGGUCAGCCUGCGCGUCGGUCAGGUUGGCCCUGCGGUCUCUGAGGCCACCAGCAGAACACACGUUUCUCGUGUUUCAUCUCCUUGGCUUUAUUGAUUGGUUAUUGAUUGUUGAUUUAUUAAUCCAGUUUGGUUCAGGCCGACGCAACAGACAUUUUCGGAACAUUGACUGGGUGCCAGGUGCUAGGACCACAGAGAACUCACGGGGACUGAACGCAGUGUCCAGAUCCCGGGGGUCCCGCCAGCAGCAGACCCACGGGCGGCCCUCCCAGAUGUCAAAGGGUCCCCUUGACAGGGUGCUUUCAUCUGCCACUGGCUUCCUUGGAACAGAGCAGUAGAAACCCCAGGAUCUGGUUUGGCAGGAGGAGAAAUGAAGGAAGAGGAAAAGCAGGCAGGGAAGGGGGCUGGCGGAGGAGCGAGGAGGGAGGCGGGAGGCGGGCUGGGGAGGGAAGGAAUGCUGCUCCAUGCUCCCACCUGGUGGUGGCCUCGGGAGCUGCAGGGCCUGGAGGGAGGCUGUGUGACAUGCGGCAGCUUGCUGCAGAUUUUGUUUCUGGACUUCCUGUGCAGGUCCAGCCACCUGCCGCCACAUGAGGACUCGGGAGCCCCUGUCAGCUCUGCCGCGGCCCCCCAGCCCCUCCAAAACCGAUGAAGCUCAUUGCGGGGCCUCUGUUUCUUCCUCAGACGUAGGAGGAAGAAGCCAAUUAAAAGCUCAUAGUAUGAA